AUGUACAGACUGGUCGCGAAUCCGAAGGACACCGGUGACGACGGAUGCCAUGCCGCGGCGCAUCCCUCCACGGACGAGGCGUACGUUGAGAACGACGACGAUGACUUCGCGUCGUCCCGUCAGCUAGGGCACGCCGCCACCGCCAAGACCGGCAGCAUGGCCGAAGAGGGAAUGCUGGGUGGUGGCCUGGGCGCGAAAUUGAAAUGCCCGACUCCCAUAUCACGAUUGAGGGUGGAAAAAAUUGAGGGUGGCCUGAUGGUGGCCGGUGUGGUAAUAGCGGCGAAUUGCCAGAUCGCCCUUCCGGCAUUUGGCACUCUCUUCAUGCUCGUCGGCGCCGUACUCACUGCUGCUUCUUAUCGUGGCCCCGGCGAAGACGAAGACAAGAACUCGUACGCCGCACGAAUUGCCUUUACCGGCAAUUCUCGUAUCUUGGGGCCGAUCUGCAUAGUUGUGGGCGCCCUUAUGCUCGCGCUUGGCGUACUACUCUGCAUGCUCACGAGACGGGCGAGGCGGAGGGAGCGCAGGGUGGGCUUCCAUUGUCCACUUCACGGGGAUUUCUACCCUCUGAGUCCAGUCCAAGGUAUCAAAAUGCUUGGAGUAUCUGGCAAGGAUGUAAGCGGAUGGCCGAAGAUCCCGUGUCUGAAAGGCCGUACGUCUAGCAAAGGCGGAAGCGGUGCGAAAGGACCGCACGUAGGCCCGCCGCAAUGUCCGCACUCAGUUUUGAGCAGCACUCGCAGCUCUGUGAGCAGCUCACCUUUGAGCCCGUGCCCGACGCCCAUGCCUUUCCUAGUGACUUCGGGCUCCGUCAGUAGCGGCAUGGUACAAAGCGUCGGGGCCAAUUUAUCGCCGGACCAAACAUUCGGCUCGAUCCGGUCGCUUUCGGUGACGAGGGAAGUUGCCAGUUUCCCUCUAUCGCGAACACCCACGCCACCCCCGCAGCAUAGACCAUCGGCAGUGCUGGCGACGAAUCCCGAGGAACUGGUAGGCGUUGGUAGCCCUUUGAGAGAAGCUUCACCUAGGCCGGAGGUGCGCGUGGUCGCACCGUCUCAUCGGCCACAACCGACAUCCGCCCUGGCCGCAACGAACGACGGCCAUCACGUUGUCUCCACGACGAACCGCAAAUCCGUCAGCAUACUGUUACCCGAACAGAACAGCGGAUGACAGCAGCAACUGCAGCGUCAGCAGCAGCAACAACUACAGCAGCAGCAGCACGGCUUCGUGCACCGUUGCGACGAGCAGCAGGUCUCGAUUUAGAUAGAGGAGG